AACCCCUCUGUUGUUUACUUUAGGAACAUGAUGCAAUAACAACAAACUGAAAUGACUUGAAAUAUGUUUCAAACAUUCAACAAUCUUGCAUCAUUUUACGGUUUAUCAGCUCUUUAUUUGUUGAGCGUAUCUGCAUUACAGAACACUUUAUAAAUUUCCUUUCUCAACAGUAUACUGAAAUUUUGUAUUUAAUCUGAACCACUUUCAACCAGUCAUGAAAGUCGAUGAAGUUUUACAAUGUAGUUUUCCCUCUUGGUAUAAUAAAUUUAAGGAUAUAACAAUAAAGAGCUACAUGAUUCCACUUCCUCAAGAAUUCAUUGAUUACCUUCAUGCUGAUGGAAUUGUACUCCCAGCAGAGUCAAUUACAGCCAGCGCACAGGAAAGUAAUGAAGACAAUGUGGAAGGAGAAGAGAUUGAUGUAGAUUGGGAUGAUGAUAAUGGACCAAUUGCAGAGGAGCCCAGUUUUCCUGAAUUUGAAACAACUAUUAAAAACAAGAUAAAAUCAUGUGGUGGACGAGUCUUUCCAAAGUUAAAUUGGAGUUCUCCACAGGAUGCUACUUGGAUAUCAUUUGAUAAAACAUUGAAGUGUACAUGUCCUAGUGAUAUAUACCUCUUGCUAAAAAGUUCAGAGUUCAUCACCCAUGAUUUAACACAACCUUUUUGUAAAUGUGAAGAUUACGAUGAAGACAGAAGUGAUAUAACAGUUAAAUAUCAUUUAAUCCUCAGACAAUGGCAAGAUUUAAAUCCUGCAGCAGAAUUUAGAUGUUAUGUCAGAAAUAACCAGUUAUUAGCUAUUUCACAACGUCAUCACUCAAUAUACUAUGAACAUAUUUUGGAUCAAAGAGAAGAUAUUGUAGCUGAUAUUAAGUCAUUUUUCUACCAUAUGGUAUCUCCAAAAUUUCCAUGUACAAGUUAUAGUUUUGAUGUGUAUAGAAGAGACAAGGGAAAAUUAUUGCUGAUUGAUUUUAAUCCAUUUGGUAGUGUAACAGAUAGUUUAAUGUUUACAUGGAAAGAACUGGAGGAAGCUAAAUCCUUAGAGAGUACUGGAACAGAUAGUGUUGAUUUUCCAGCAUUUAGAUGUGUAGCAAGACCAGAAGGUGUACAACCAAGUCCAUAUGCAACAUGUGGUGUUCCUAGAGAUAUUAUUGAUCUAGCUACUGGUCAAGAUCCUUACAAACUUAUGGAUUUACUAAAACUGAAAGUACAAACCCAGAAUGAAGAAUCUUCUGAUGAUGAUGAAGACACCAUUGCAACACCAACAACUUGAUAUUAUACAGAGUGACAAGUUUAUCAUUCAUGUCAUAUAACACAUAGAUCAUUGGUUACAUGAAAGAAGUUGUACAGAAUCAUCCAUUGGCUUAGAUGUUAAAUUUACAGGUCCAAGAUAAAGAAAACUUUAUAUAUGGCAGUGCACUUUUAAUGUAUGAUUUGAGAUAUAACUGUCAGAAUUGUCUGUCAGUAUUUUGUUCUUUUGUCAUUUAUAUCUAUUUAUUUUAGGCUUGUUUAGGAAUAAAAAUUUCAAAAAAUUGAUUAAAUGAUGGAUCAUUUGACUUGCUACUUUAUAAAUGCUAGGAAAUUAGUAUACUAAUGGAAUUUCUGGUCGUUGUUUAUUAGAUACUCUUGUUUUUGCUAUAUCUUUCAUUCAACACCACAUUGUUUUAUAUUGAAUAUAUAAACUGAAUAAUGGAUGGAAUGUAUUGUCAUUUUAAUAAACAAUUUUAUAGUUUGUAUUAUCAUCUUCCUGGCUUAUGAAAAACAGGAAAUUUAUAUACAGAUAAUAGAUCUUAAAAGUGAAGUCAGGAAAGAGUUUUUGUACAAGGAAAUUAUUCAUGUUUAAUAAAAACAAUUCUGAUGAGAGAAUAAAAUUUGUUAUGCAUAUUGAGAAAUAUAUGGUUUGUUAAACAGACAUUUUAUGUGUUUAUGCAAAUUAUAUUAAUGAUGGCCUUAUUUAAUAAAUAUGGAACCAUU